UUGUGAAAUGAAGUUACUUCAACUUUCAGUCUCCUAGGGGGUCCAAAAUAACUGAAAAUAAGUGUAGUGGGAGUAAGAAAGGAAUACACCUGGAGAGAUAGAAGGAUGUACUCAGAAAGUGAGAUGAAUAGAUUAAUGAAUUCAGAGGCAUUACAGUUCCAAGUGAUGGCAGGGUCCAGGAUUUGGCCAUGAGAGUGGUCAAAAGGAUGUGAAGUGAAGGUCAUUAGAAUCGAAGAAGUCGGAAAAAUGAAAGAUGAAGGUAUGGAAUGAUGGGUCAUUCACAUAGUCAUUGAAGCUGUUUUGAAAACUGGCAAGCCUGGGGACAGAGAGAAACACUGGGAUUCAGGUGUCAAAGCCUUCAAUAAACUAGGGGAAGUAACUGGGAUAUUGGCAGAUGGAAGGGAUGAGCAGAGGUUGAAUGUGGUAGAAUUAAAUGACAUAAGUCUCUGUUUUUUCCUGCCUUUGUAAUUUGGUCUGACAAACAACUGAUGGAGUGCUUGCGUGGCUCUGCCAAGGUAGAGAGAGUCAUAUGAUGGAUAUUUCUAUUGACGAGCCCUGAAAGAUACAGUUCUUGAUUUUCACAUAGUGAAAUGUUUAGAGGAAAGAGUUGAACUAGAAGAGCCAGAUAUUCUUCUUGAUUGCCAGUUCAUCCCAACUGGUAGUAGUUGACUGUAGUGUCAUUUUAAGGAUUCUGAACCCUCUCAAGCUGAGUAGGAAAGAGAAAUAGGACAAUUAUCAAUGUCUUUGUGUGAGGAGGAGUGGGAUAUAACCAUCUGUUUGAGCACAUUCAGACAAAUAGUACUAGGGCGACUUAAUCUCUCAGAGGUUUUGGGGCUGGAGUUGAUGUGGUAUAAAUGGAUUUUUGCUAGAGAUAAGACUGACUAUUUUGUCUGCUGAGGGUUUGGAAUGAGAAUAUGGAGUUUGCAUAUGAGAAUUUUGCAUGCUACUUGUUUUUCUUAAGGCAUUGUAUUACAUGCUCCAUAUACAUUGACUAUUCCUUAUGAAAACCCUGAAAAUUGAGUAUUAGCUACAUUUUGUACAUGAGAAGACUGAGGCUCAGAGAGGUUAAGUAAUUUGCUCAAGAUUACACAGCAGAUGAGUAGUGGGGCCAGAAUUAAAAUCUUAGCCUAUCUGCCUCCACAGCUGACAUUCUUGUCAGGCUACCAUAAUCUGGGUGACAUUUAUAUGAGCGUGGUUCUUUUAUAGGCCUCACCAUGUGGAUGCCUCCAGAGCAGAACCAAAGCUGGGUGUCUGAAUUUAUCCUGUUUGGCUUUUCCGGUGACCCCACCUCCAACAGGAUCCUCUUCUUUGCCUUCCUUCUCCUGUACCUGAGCUCAAUCCUGGGCAAUGGGCUUAUCAUCACUCUGAUCUGCCUGGAUUCACAUGUCCACACUCCCAUGUACUUCUUUCUCUGUAUCCUCUCCCUACUGGACAUGGGCUGCGUCACCACCACCAUGCCCCAAAUGCUGGUGCACCUUCUUGCUCACUCUCAGACUAUCUCUUUUGCUAGCUGUUGGCUGCAGAUGUACGUGUUUGGUGCUCUGGGCCUGACUGAGUGCAUCUUCUUUGUGGUCAUGGCCUAUGACCGAUAUGUGGCCAUUUGCUACCCACUGCGUUAUACUGUUAUCCUCAGCUGGGACCUGUGUACACGACUGGCAGCUCAGACCUGGGCCUGUGGCUUCUUCUUCUCUCUCAUUCACACCUUCCUCACCAUGAGGCUGCCCUACUGUGGGCCCAACAUUGUCAACCACUACUUCUGUGAAGGCCCCUCAGUAAGGAGCUUGGCUUGCAUGGACACCCAACUCAUUGAGAUGGUGGACCUGGUCAUCAGUGUGUUUGUGCUUGUUACUCCACUCUCCCUCAUUUUGGCCUCUUAUAUUCAUAUUGCUCUUGCCAUUCUCAAGAUCAAGUCCACCAGGGGCCGUUGCAAGGCCUUCUCCACCUGUGCUGCCCACCUGACUGUGGUCACACUCUUCUAUGCUCCAGCCACUUACAUCUAUAUGAGACCCAAGUCCAGCUACUCCUCUGAACGUGACAAACAGAUAUCACUCUUUUACAAUGCCUUCACUACACUGCUCAAUCCUGUGGUUUAUAGUCUGAGGAACAAGGACAUCAAGGGAGCUUUUCUCAAGGUGAUGGAACGUGGCAGGGUGACCUGCUGAACUGGGAUCCAAAAGAUGCCUGGGGUAGAAUGUCCAAAGCUGAGUAUUAGUUUUAUCAUUUCUGUAAAGAAGGCUGUUGGAGUUUUGAUUGGGAUUGCAUUGAAUCUACAGAUCGGUUUGGGUAGUGUUGACAUCUUAACAAUAUUAAUUCUUCCAAUCCAUGAACAUGGAACAUCUUUCCACUUAUUUAAGUCUUCUCUAAUCUCUCUCAGUAGUAUUUUAUAAUUUUCACUCUAUAAGUCCUUCACGUUCCUGGCUAAAUUUAUUCCUAAGUAUUUUAUUCUCUUAGAUGAUAUUAUAAAUUGAAUUGUUUACAACUCCUAAUUUCUCUUUCAGAUUUCUCACUGCCGGUGUAUAGAAACACGGCUGA